CUAACACAGGCGGGCUAAGCGGUGUUUGUGUUGUGAAAACGCUUCGGUUUUGGACUUACAAGUGCAGCUUGCUUACUCACUCAUUCACAGUUACAUUCAGCAACCCACCAUCAGGGAAAGGGAUCAAGAUUUUACAGAGUUUGGCUCCAGGUGCGUUAACGCGGCGCGGACCUGUUGACUCUUUAGCUGCAGAUCCUCAAACUUUUGAAGAAACUCGCACUAACUUUUCUAACUCGCGAGGCAAUGCAGAGGGGGGAGAUGUGGGGAAAGCAGGGUGAUGUGACCCUGUGUAAACUCCAAUGACCACCUCUCUCUUUCCCAAAACACACGUGUAACAGCAGCAGCGCGUCCAUGUCCAGGCUGGAGCCAGCAUGACUCUGUCCGGCGGUUUGUCGGAUACUUGUCAGCUCGUUUCACGCGACCGCAUGGAGCCCGAGCUGUGGAAAUAACUGAGCUUCACUCAUGCUUUCUCAGGAUUAAUCGCUGCAACGCGUUGGGAAGCAAACACAAGCCGCCGCGCACACUUUGGGAGAGAGAGGGAGCUACGAUGCGGGGCACUUUGGGCGCUUUCAUUCAGUCCUGUGUGAUCCUCCUGGUCCGAGCAGACCAGUGGAGGUUAAAGGACUCCGCCAGCUGCGAGCUUAACAAGAAACAAACUGACCUAAACUCCUUCUUGUGGACCAUUAAACGGGACCCUCCUUCAUAUUUCUACGGUACAAUCCAUGUCCCCUACACGCGGGUUUGGGACUUCAUCCCUGAAAACUCCAAGCAGGCCUUUCAGGAGAGCAAUAUUGUUUACUUUGAGCUGGACCUGACGGACCCGUACACCAUCUCAGCCCUUACAAGCUGUCAGCUGCUUCCGCAGGGCGAGAACCUGCAGGACGUCCUACCCAGGGAUAUAUAUCGCAGACUCAAAAGACACCUGGAAUAUGUAAAGCUCAUGAUGCCUUCCUGGAUGACCCCAGAUCAGAGAGGUAAAGGACUCUAUGCAGACUACCUCUUCAAUGCCAUCGCUGGAAACUGGGAAAGAAAACGACCUGUUUGGGUGAUGCUGAUGGUGAAUUCGUUAACAGAAGCUGAUAUAAAGACACGAGGGGUUCCAGUGCUGGACUUGUACCUGGCACAGGAGGCAGAGAGGAUGAGGAAGAGGACAGGGGCCGUCGAGAAGGUGGAGGAACAGUGCCAUCCACUCAACGGGCUCAACUUCUCCCAAGUGAUCUUUGCCCUGAACCAGACGUUACUUCAGCAGGAGUCUCUGAGGGCAGGUAGCCUGCAGGUCCCAUACACCACCGAAGACCUCAUCAGGCACUACAACUGUGGAGAUCUCAACUCAAUCAUCUUUAAUCACGACACCUCACAGGUCCCUAAUUUCAACAACGUGACACUGCCACCCAGUGAGCAGGUCACUGCCCAGGAAAUAGACAGCUACUUUCGACAGGAACUCAUCUACAAGAGGAAUGAGAGGAUGGGGAAGAGAGUGAAGGCACUGAUGGAGGAACACCCCGACAAGAGCUUCUUCUUUGCUUUUGGAGCAGGCCACUUUCUUGGCAACAAUACGGUCAUUGAUGUGCUCCGUCGCGAGGGAUACGAGGUGGAGCACACCCCCGCUGGGCAGCCCAUAAACAGAAGAUCUUCAUCCAGAUCCUCAUCAGACUCAGAAGGCCACCCUGCUGAGCUGCCUCUCCUGGAGCCAUUCCUCCAUGAGCUCCCCCACAAAGAGGAGGAUCAGGGGCGUCCCCUGGAGGACGAUCUGUUACCCCACAUGCUUCUGCCAGUAGACAGCCUGGAGAUGCUGGAGAAGGCAGAGAGGAGGAUGCUGAAGAAAAAGAGGAGAAACAAGCAGAAGAAGCAGCGGCACCGGCAUUUUAACGACCUCUGGGUUCGAAUCGAGGAGAGCUCUAUGGUCCAGUCGCCACCUCCCCCGCUGGUUCGCAUCAUAAACGGUUACAUCACAGUGCAGCCACCUGACAGAGUCCACAGCCACCAUAGCCACCAUCACACAUCUUCAGCACAGACCACCUCCUCCUCACUAUCUCUACUCAUCUUCCUCUGCACAGUGCUCACACUGCAGAUGUGGACUAUUUUCCUCUAAUAGAGCACAUGUUUGGACUCUUUAAAAACAUGCAGCUUUGUAGAGGAGAAACUCUUCUAUAUGGUGGUUUCAGCUCAUGCACUCUUGAGGUUGGAUUCUGCAUGACAAACUAGAAGAGGACUUAAACAAUGAAGAUUCUCAAAGCCUGUGCUGGAGCAAAAAGCAUGGAGAAAUGAUGUGAAAUCAGUUUUAGCUGUGAGGUACAUUUCAUUGAUGUUAGAUUACAUAAAGUUUGUGUUACUGAAACUGGUUGGAAAAAUAAGUCAAUAGAGCACAUGUUUUACAAACUGAGGCUUCAAUGGAAAUGUAAAGACGUCAUACUAUUUCAUUUUUGUGCACAAGCAGCAGAUGAGAGUGCACUGAUAGCAGACAGGAGAACAAAUUGACAGUUCACUCAUAUCCCUCAUUAACAAACGUGUUAACAUAACUCAGCAUUCAUUACCUCUGAGGUAAAACAUUGAAGUGAUUUUUUUAGCAGAAAAGAGAAAUGUUAAAACUAUCGCUCAAACAAAUACCUUCAAUAAGUACAGCUCAAACCAUUUGUCUUCUGUGUGUGUGUUGUGUAUGUGUGGGAUUGAAUGUGUGAGUGAGAGAGAAACAAAGUCUAUCAGCUCUUAAACCCACAGGCUGUGCAAACAGGACUUUAAUUCUUCCUUUGCUGAAGAACAUUGCAGAAAAGCCUACAGUGGGGUAAAUUGUACAUAUUGUUUCUAAAUAUUAUAGAUGUAUUUUAGAAUUAUAAAAAAAUGAAAUUAUCAAAAGUGUUUUUGCUGUUUAUAUAUAUAUAUAAAUAGAUAUGCAGUAUAUUUUUGAACAGAAGAAUUCAGGAACUAACCACCAUAGCCCACAUGUCAUAUGUCUCACUCAAAAGAAAGGGACAUGCGAUUGUAUUGUACUUUAUAUCAGUGUUAUCACUUUGCUUUACUGUAUGUGUCUGCUGUGAGAAUUCAUCUUCAGUGUUUUUACAUAGAGAUUUGUUGUUUUAUUUAUUUAACUUCUAUAGUUUUGCUGUAGACCAUAUGAAACAUUCCCUCUGUAUUUUUAAAUGUUUCUUUGCUGUCACUAUAAUGUCCAACUGAGUUAUUGUCUUUUGAGCUCAAGUAUAAUGUCCAGGCAUAUGAUUGUAAUAAUAUUAAUAUUAAUAAUACAGAUAAAAAUUCAGUUUUUAACCACAAAAGAUUGUCUGCACAGACAGACGACAUACAGCAUAGGGCUAAAGGACUCAAAUGUUUCCCUUAUGGUAUGAAAAACUGUUAUAGUGUUAC